AUGGCCGAAACACAACUUAAGCGCCAGAGAGAAGAAUCCCAUGAACAUGAAGCAGCAACCUCUGACUUUGAUGACAAGCGCCACAAAUCAUACAACAAUAUACUCUCCAUUCUUGAUGAAGAAGAAGAAGAAGAGCCAAACCAAGACUUUUCAGCAAUUUUCACAACCCUACAGCAAGAGCUCUCUUCUUCAUUCCCCUCUCCUCCGUGCACGGUGGAGGAAGCUGGGCUGGACCAUGACCAAACCACCACCACCUCCGCGAGCUCUGCAAUUGAUGCUAAAGAACAUGAAGAAGAAGAUGAUGAUGAUAGUGUUAGAGUCAUGAUCAGACGUCUUCUUGAAGCCUCUGAUGAUGAGCUUGGAAUUCCCAAAAGAGUCGACCAAGAAAUCAAAUCCGAAGAAAAUAGACCCUUCUGUGAUGGGCUGUGGGAGAUUGAAGAUGAAGCUGCCAACUACUAUACUAUGUUGCACUUGGACCCUUUCAUGUAG